GGGUUUCUGACUGAUACUACGUGCGUAGAUUACAGAGGCUAAACGCACAUGCCGUUAUUUACUCGGAGUCUCUGGAAUCUGCUGGCAGCAUCAACUCUGUUUUGAGGAAUUGGAAGAAGCAACAUGGCAAACACUUUGAAAGGAAGAGUUGCGCUUGUUACUGGAGCUGCAAGAGGCAUUGGAGCUGCUAUUGCGGAAGCUUUACUCCAGAAUGGAUGCAAGGUCUGCCUAGUGGAUAUUCUCGAAGCCGAAGGCAAAACAACAUGUGAAAAGCUGAAAACAAAAUAUGGCGGAGAGACCGUUUGCUUCAGGUACACAGAUGUCACCGAAGUUGACUCCUUUGAGGGAACUUUCCAGGAUGUUAUCCGUCAAUGGGGACCCAUUACAGUAUUCGUCAGCAACGCAGGCGUAAUUGACGAAAAAGACUUCGCGAAAACCAUCGAUGUAAACUUGGUAUCUUCCAUUAGAGCGGCGAAUAUAGGGAUGAAAUACAUGGGUAAAGAUAAUGGAGGAGAAGGAGGAAACCUCAUCUUCACUGCUUCCCUCGUAGGCUUAUUCCCGUAUGGACCACUGCCUGCCUACACUGCGAGCAAGUUCGGCGUCGUAGCACUUGCGAAGUGCUACGCGUCUCACCAAUACGAGAACAGCGGCAUCACCUUCUCAGCUAUCUGUCCUGGACUGACCAACACCACAAUGGGAGACAUUGUUGUAGAGAUCGAGCGCACCCAAAGGACUUCGUUGCCGUGCAGCGGGACCAUAGCCAACCGACUGCUUAAUCAAAGCACGCCCGAAUUGAUAGCUGGAGGUGUCAUACAGCUACUGAAAGACAAUCGCAAUGGAGCCGUUCUUCUGGCUCAUAUCGCAAUUGAAGGCCACUAUCGUUACCUGAGCGACGACCACUUGGAUCCCGUCGCCAUUCUAGGUGCUACAAGACCGGCUCAGGGAUCCGAACAAACGCAGUAACGGCAGUAUACAACGCAAAAAUGGUAUCCGAUGAAGCAUGCGAAUACUUCCCGUAAUGCGUUUUCUAAGUAAUGCGUUGGAGUUCGAAGAAUUUACUUUGGAAACAAGGCGGCUUCGAGAUGUCACGCAAGUAAUUUCGAAGACAAGCGGCCAUUUUCCGUUUGCCGUACCGUUAACUCGGAAGUGAUUUUGGUAGUGAUCCACAUGGUGAUAUCGCUAAAUUGUUGAAUACUUUUUGUGCAUACGUCCGGGUUGCAUUGGGGUCAUUGCUAAUCGCAGAUAAAUUUCGAGAGCAUUUCUUUCACCAGACAAAAGUUAAAUGAGUGUCAUUUACUUCGAUAAAUAAAUAAAUAAAUAAAGCA